AUCCCGUCCUGGUCUGGAUCUGGAUCUGGAUCUGGAUCUGGUCCAUCUGGGUUUGUUUAACCUCUACAUGUAUCCAGGUUCCAGCAGACUGACGGUGUUCGGAGGGUGGAUGUGGACUCUCGUGGGGUGGAUGCUGUGGAUGCUGUGACAGGAGGUAAUCUGUCCUCUGUCCGUGGAGGUCACACCGAGCUGCGUUCACGGACCCGACUCUACCAUGGCCCAGAUGAGGAAGAGGUUCUCGUCUGUGUGCUCAUCUUCAUCAGCUGAGGACGACAGUGCAGACCUGUAUGACUCUGUCCCUGAUCCAGCAGCUGAACAGGAUCAUCCAUAUGCAGCUCUGCUCUGUGUCCACCAGGUCCAGGACUCGUUGCUCAGUUCCAACAGCAGAUUCACCGCCUACAGAGGAAUCCUCAACUGGAUCAUCAUCCUACUGGUGUUGACUCAUGCUCACUUGUUCCUGGAGAAUUUUAUACAACAUGGGUUUUUGAUCGAUGUCAAAAAGGUCCUGGAGCAUCUUCUGGAGGAAAACUGUAACUGGCCGUCGGUGAACCUCAUACUGGCUGCCAACGUGUUCACCGUCGCUGCUUUACUCUUUGAACGGUUUCAGGAAAAGGGUAAACUGUCCCCCGUCAACAGCAGACGUUUACACCUGUUAAACCUGGCGCUGCUCGUGCUUUUUCCUGCCGCUGUGAUCGUACACGAACCCACAAUAUCAACAGGUGGGGCGUUGGUGUCUCUGUGGGUUUACACUGUUCUGGGGCUGAAGCUUUACUCAUACCAGGAAACCAACAGCUGGUACAGACAGACUGUGUCCAUCCACGCAGACACAUGCAGUGAUGACUCCAACCUAACGUUACCAGAUCUGUAUUAUUUCCUUGUGGCGCCGACGCUGUGUUACCAGAGACACUUCCCACGUACGUCCACUGUCCACAUCAACAAACUGCUGCACAGGACGCUGGAGAUGGUGAUUGUUACACAGAUCAUGGUUGGAAUCGUUCAGCAGUGGAUCGAGCCCAUCUUCCAGAGGUCAGAAAUGUCAUUCACAAACAUGGACAUCCUAGUCAGAGUGGAACAUCUGGUGGGUCUAGUGGCACCGACCCAUUUCCUGGUUCUCCUCUUCUUCUUCCUGUGUCAUUCAUACCUGAACUUCUGCGCUGAACUCCUGCGCUUCGGUGAUCGUCAUUUUUACGGAGACUGGUGGAACGCUACAACACUGAUCUCUCUGUGGGAGAACUGGAAUAUUCCCUUUCACAAAUGGUGUCACAGACACGUCUACACCAGGCUGUUGGAGAAGAACAUUCCGUCUUCGCAGGCAGAGUUACUGGUGUUUCUGAUGUCGGCCGCUCUAUUUGAGUUUGUUUUUGCUCUGCCGCUGCACAGCUGUCGACUGUGGAUCUUCAUCAUGAUGUUGUGUGAGCUUUUCGUUGCCGUAUUCCUUGGAGGUUAUUUCCAGGGUAACUAUGGUAACGGGUUGGUGUGGCUGUGCCUGCUGCUCGGUCCUCCUCUGGCUGUGACCACCUACUUCCACGACCACUACGUCAGCUUUCACCACCCGUCACCAUCAUCAUCAUCAUCACCACCUGGACACGUUUUCCUGCAGCUGCGUUGAUCAUGAAGGUCCAAAAUGUUUCCUCUGGAACUCUUUCAGCUGUAAAUACACAUAAACUGUAUGAAACAGGGGCGACACAGUGGUGCAGUGAAUAGCACUAUCGCGUCACAGCAAGAAGGUUCUGGGUUUGAUUCCAUCCAGGUACCUUUCUGCGUGGAGUUUGCAUGUUCUCCCCGUGUCUGUGUUGGUUCUCU